AUGUCUGCAGGUAUUGCGGUGUGUAAUAUUCCAUCAGCUGCUGUGGAGGAGACGGCAGACUCAACGCUUUGCCACAUCCUGAACCUGUACAGGAGGAACACCUGGCUGUACCAGGCCAUGCGUGAGGGCACACGGGUCCAGAGCGUGGAGCAGAUCAGAGAGGUGGCGUCAGGGGCCGCCCGCAUCAGAGGAGAAACACUCGGACUUAUUGGCUUUGGCCGAUCGGGACAGGCAGUGGCUGUUCGAGCGAAAGCAUUUGGCUUCAAUGUGAUCUUUUAUGACCCGUACCUGCAAGACGGUUUAGAGCGAUCGCUGGGCGUCCAGAGAGUUUACACCUUACAGGACCUCCUGUACCAGAGCGACUGUGUGUCUCUCCACUGCAACCUAAACGAACACAAUCACCACCUCAUCAACGACUUCACCAUCAAACAGAUGCGACAGGGAGCAUUUCUAGUCAACACAGCACGAGGGGGUCUGGUGGAUGAAAAAGCCCUGGCUCAGGCUCUCAAAGAGGGCAGGAUACGGGGGGCCGCCCUGGACGUUCACGAGUCUGAACCCUUCAGUUUUUCUCAGGGUCCUCUGAAGGACGCGCCCAAUCUGAUCUGCACCCCUCACACGGCGUGGUACAGUGAGCAGGCCUCACUAGAGAUGAGAGAGGCAGCGGCCACUGAGAUCCGCAGGGCCAUCACCGGUCGUAUUCCAGAUAGUCUCAGAAACUGCAUCAACAAAGAGUUUUUUGUGACUACGGCUCCGUGGGGGGUGAUGGAGCAGCAGGUACAUCCGGAGCUCAACGGCGGAGCCUACAGGUUUCCUCCUGGUGCGAUGGGUAUGUCUCCUGGUGGCAUGGGUGGGCAGAUAGAGGGCAUGAUGCCCGGCGGGAUGCCAGGGGCCCAUCCCCUGCCGCCCAGCCACGCCCCGUCCCCCACCCAGCUCCUCAAACACAACGACCAUAGAGAACACCUCGCCAAGUCAUAACCACCUGACCACUGACCGACAGUCAUUCAGCAAAACUGCAAAUCAAAGAGACUAAGAGACAGUGAACGGGUGAACAAGCAAUCAGCUGCCGCUAGCUGCACCGGAGACAUGCUUCACGGACGUCUUUCCACCAUCUUGUUUUCGAGUUUUAGUGUUUUUCCAUUCAUUUUCGUUUUAACCCAGGUUGUUUCUGUUGUUCUUGAGAGGGGAGGACAUCAUUUCCACCUGUUUUAUAGCAGGUGGGCGGUGCUUUCUUAUCAGGGGGCGUGGCACUACAUAACCACGCCUCUUUCCUCGUGCACCACUUACAGAGUUCAAAACGAUGCCAGUUAUCAGAUGCCAUGCACUUGUCUUCUUCCUCCUCGCCUUAUUUACGUAAACAAAUCUCACAAGAGUUUCAAUUUAGUUUCUUUCUUUACAUCCAGAGAAUUAGUGCUUGUCUUUGUUUCAGUGUUAAAAGUGCUUGAUAAUGAAAAAAAAAAAUAUAUAUAUAUAUACAGUGUAUCUAUUAAGAGAACAGAGGUAAAGGCUGUUCUUGAGCAAAAAUGAAGAUGAAUUCUUAGCUUUUUUCCAACAUUUGGCAUAGCUGACCUCUUGUUUACAGAAUUGCACAAAUUCAACAGGCACCAGCUCAGAAACCACUCUUCUUUAAGACCCAAGAGCACACCAUUUUACUGAUAUAUCCAUUCAUUUCGAUUCAAAAUGAGUUUUCAGGAUUUGAAAUGCAAACUGCAUCGGGUUUUAAGAUGUCAGUUUUCAAAAAUGGCAAUUUGGAUUCGAGUGAACGUCACCGUGAGGGACAUGAUUUUGAUUUUGUGUUUGCUUUAAAAAAAAAA